AAAUCCAUUCUUUGUAAUGAGGUUUAGUGGGGGCUACUGCAGGCUCAGUGGUGCAGAAUUUCUUCGCUUUUCUUGCUCUUUCUUUCUCUCUGAGUCUCCAUGACAUCAAUGCCUCGUUUCAUUUGUUUCUUGGUUCUACUUUUGAGUGAGAAGGCGUUCUUUUCUGCUGCCAGAAGUAUCACUCAGGAGGAGCUUAUCACCAACGCUUGUGCCAUUGACAGAAACACUACCAUCUAUAACAACUUCAGGGCUGACGUUAUAGAUCGAUACAAUUUAACUUUAUUGCCAAAAGAAAGAAAUGUAAACUAUUUUCCUAAUGCAGCAGUGGAUACACAGCUAGUUAUACCAUGCUUUAGUUGCCAGGUUUUACCAUGGAGUAAUGAAUCAUACAUUGGUGAAGUGAUGUGGUGUGUUAGUAUAUGGAAUCCUACUGAACCCAUUGAAGCUUGCUUCAAUCGUACAUGGAACUACAGCACUCCAUUAGCAAAGGAGCUUGACAUACUCAACAACCUUGAAAUCAUUGAUUCCUGCAGGUAUUACAUUUUCUUUAACUACCAAGAGUGUAUUAGGAUACGCAGUAUUAAGCUUUAUUACGAAGAAGCUAUUUUUUUCUCAAUACGUGGCGACAACCACUUCAUUUCCAACGUUGAUGUCAAUAAUGAACCAAACGAACCAUCACAUCAUAUUCAGGAUUUCCCAUCAUCACCAAUGUAUGUUGAAGCAGGCACUGAACUCUUGCUGGACUGUGUUUUUUCAUCUACUGCUCAUUUUAAUCUCUACAUUGGCUGGUCACUAUCAAAUAGGGACCUUUUCCUAAUAGCUGAAGAUCCAUUAUGCUCUAAUGAUUGCUAUGUUGAUAAAAGGGGUACAGCAAUGGAGAACAAAGCAAAAAGGAUCAGGGCAUAUCAAGCAAGAGAUCAGCUGGCCUGUAUAUUUCUAAGCUAUAAAGUACACACUUACCUUUACAUAGAAGAUGUGAAGCUCUCCGAUGAAGGAAACUAUACUUGUUACUAUCACUACACACCUAGCUGGACAUCUCAGAAAGGCUUUAAAACUGUUAACAUUAUACCAGUUCUACCAGUCAUUAGUCCAAUAUGGCUGUCAGUCCCUGAUCCUACAUUAAACAUACCUUCCUUUAUCUCUUCUACCAUUAAUGACACUAUCAGUUUAUCCUGUACAGUACGAGUGGGGCUAGGAGCCAGUGUGUACUGGAUUGAUCCUAAUAAUACAGUCAUUGAUGAAUAUGAUAGUAGCACUAUGGAGUCUUCUGAGUUCUCAGUGUAUGUAGAAUCAAGGAAUGAGACUACUGAUGAUCAGUAUCAGAUCAUAGCUCAUCGUACAUUGAUCAUUAGUGAUUUCAUUGAUUCACUUGAUGAUGUUGUUGGAGUUUAUAAAUGCGUUGUUAGUGAUCCUGGCUAUCAAGAGAAGAGUGUCUAUGAAGAGUAUUCAGUCAUCCUGACUAAUAUCGUUUCAUCAACUGGAGUCCCCUCAGCUUCUGCUUCUUCUUUACAGACACUAUCUUCAUCUCUUAUCAUGACUUCUCCCUCACCAGUCUCUUCUCCUCUUCCAACUUCCAAUCCACUCAUUAAUGAUAACCACAUUAUAAUCCUUACUCUCUCCAGUGUCUUCAUUACCAUAGUCCUGAUUGUCUUUUCACUGGUCAUAGCUACUUUCAUGUACUGCAGACGCAAAUCAAUGUCAACAACAUAUACUCCUUCCCUAAGAAAAGCACCUGCUCCUCCUGUUACUAAGAAUGGAGUCAUUGGAGGAGGAACAGCUAGUGCUGGAUCGGUCCAGGUCCUUGCUAAAGGACUAAUGGCUCCAACUAGCUUCAUGUUCUUUCCAAAAUUUGACAUGUCAGAGAGAGAAGUCUCUAGACAGCAUCUGAUGUUCAUUGAUAAACUGGGCUCUGGUCUGUUUGGUCAAGUCUGGAAGGCAUAUAUCUUGGGAAGUGAAUCAAUUGUAGCAGUAAAAACUACCAAAGAUCAAUGCUCAUUGAGAGAUGAAGAGAACUUAAAGGAAGAGCUUCAGAUAAUGAAAAAGAUACAACCACAUGCCAAUGUCAUCAACCUACUCGGAUUCUGUACAUCUGAUGGGCCUGUCAGUAUAAUCAUGGAAUAUGCAUUGUACGGGAACCUUCACGAUUUCCUUAAAUAUUGUCGCCCCCCUCUAUUUCCAUCACGAGGAGGGGGCCCCCUUAUGUACAACUGGAUCAACCACCACACAGCCAUCAGUAGUCCACAUAGUUCCUAUUCAUCUUCUUCCUGCUCUUCUCCUAGCUCCUCAACGACUCCAUUUCUCGAUAAAUCUUCGCACGUUCCUCUCUCUGCUCAAGUCUCCAACUCAACCACCCACACCUACCUCCAGUUCUCGUCAGACUUGACCACACCCCCUCCCUCGCUCCACCAGUUUUCGUUGGAGGAUCCUAGUGCUGGGCGGAGUCUGUUUGAGGCUCUGUCCCAUCAGGUUGCUGGGUUAGUACCCUCGGCUCACUCUGCUUGCCCUCUCUCUCACGAUUAUAUCAACAUUCCUGGUAGAAUUAGGAACGGCGACUUUUUGAAUUUUGCAUUUCAGAUCGCAUCUGGACUUGACCAUUUGAAAAGAAUGAACCUCAUCCAUUGUGAUUUGGCUGCACGCAAUAUCCUUGUAUCAAAGGAGCAAGUUCUCAAAAUAUCUGAUUUUGGUUUAGCAAAGGAAGUAUCAGAUGACAAGUCCUACUACAGGAGAAACCCACGGGACAGGAUACCAAUAAAAUGGACAUCACCCGAAGCCCUAGAGACUUGGGUCUAUUCGCAUAAAAGUGACAUAUGGUCCUAUGGAGUUGUCUUAUGGGAAAUUGCCACAUAUGGAGACUCACCGUACCGAGAGGUGAAUACCAGUGGCAUAUGGGACAACAUGAUCUCACAUCUUAAAUCUGGGAAUAGACUAGAGCAGCCAUUGAACUGUCCUGAUAUAUUUUACAAUAUAAUGUGUAUGUGCUGGGAAUUGGAUCCAGAGAGAAGACCAGAUGCUACAGAUGUCAUCAAAUUAUUAUCAAGGAAGCCGUCGCUAUUAUUAUCUGAUGUAUCGGAGGAUGACGCCAGCAGCUGCCACUCUGACAGUGUAUAUGUAGACACGCCCAUUUAACAAUGACACACCCACAAACAUAAACUCGUAUCUCAUACACAUUACAACAUUACAAUACAUGUGUCAAUCUUUUCACAAAAGUUAAUAAUAAUGAUCAUUAUCAAUUGGCAAGAGAGACAAACGUUAAAAGUA